AACAGCAGGCCGAGAGAGGUAACACGGUAAUCUAUGCUGCCCUACUGAGAAUUACAGGAUAUUGGCGGAACACUUGGCAGCUACUGCGGGACACUGUAAGAGUACAAAUAGUUUAAACACCGAGGAGCUUCGGUUGUCCAUAUCAGGAGAAAAAAGAAAAAAGAGAAGGAGUGGCAGCUGGACUGUCAGCAAUGGAAGCCGAGUUUCGGGAAAUCGAUGAAAACGGGAGUUGGAGCGCCAUUUAUCAGGACAUUCGCCAGCAGUCAUGUGAACUCCCCUGCAGGGUUGCCAAAUUACCUGAAAACAAGAAUCGGAAUCGUUACAGAGAUGUUAGCCCAUUUGACCACAGCAGAAUAUGUCUGCAGCUGGGUACGAAUGAUUACAUUAACGCCAGCCUAAUAACAGUAGAAGAGGCACAGAGGAACUAUAUUCUCACUCAGGGACCCCUUCCAAAUACAUGUGGCAACUUCUGGGAGAUGGUGUGGGAGCAGAGGACCCGGGGUGUAGUGAUGCUGAACCGAGUCAUAGAGAAAGGAUCUAUAAAAUGUGCACAAUAUUGGCCACACAGAGAGGAGGGAGACGCUGUCUUUGAAGAUACCAAUUUCAAGCUCACUCUCGUCUCAGAAGACAUCAAAUCUUACUACACAGUCCGUCAGCUGGAGUUGGAAAAUCUGUCUACUCAAGAGACUCGUGAGAUUUUACAUUUUCACUACACCACCUGGCCUGACUUUGGGGUUCCAGAGUCUCCUGCCUCCUUCCUCAACUUCCUGGUCAAGGUGCGGGAGUGUGGCUGUCUGAAUUCGGACCAGGGACCGGUGGUGGUGCACUGCAGUGCUGGCAUCGGGCGCUCUGGGACAUUUUGUCUUGUAGACACCUGCCUCUUACUGAUGUCCCUCCGUAAGGACCCGUCUUCAGUGCGUAUUCGUGAUGUUCUGCUGGAGAUGCGGCGCUAUCGAAUGGGCUUGAUUCAGACAGCAGAUCAGCUUCGCUUCUCUUAUCUUGCUGUCAUCGAAGGUGCCAAGUACAUCAAAGGAGAUACAUCCUUGCAGGAGUCGUGGAAAGAGCUCUCAAACGAGGAAGAUGAUCCUCCAGAGUUCACCCCUCCACCUCCUCUUCCUCCUCCCAGAGAUCCUCACAACGGCAAAGUUGAGCCUUCCUUUUUCCCCGAUGAGAUCAUCCAACCAAUGGAGAAUCGCAGUCUGGGGUCCUCACAAGACUCAGAGCUGCGAAAGAGGAACAUUGCUGCCCCCCCGCCUCCUCCUGACGACAGUCAGCUCGAUGGCCACGUGGGAAACGAAGAUCGUACCUCCAAAGCUCCAACCACAUCCCAGCAGCAGCAGGAGACGGAGCAGCAGGAGGAGCCCGAGGCAGCGGGACAGCCAAAGGAAAGCGCUCCUGUGCCGGGGACUUGGUCCCCUCUACUAGCCAACGUGUGCCUGUGCACGGCGCUGGCUCUCAGUGCUUACGUCUGUUAUCGAGCCUGUUUCCACUGAUGUCUGUCCUUCCUCCUGCUUUUUGUUCCUCCCUGUCUCUCCACUGAUGUUGUAAAGUGGACUCGGCUGGCCAGUCAGCCUGCUACGACUCUGGGUUUACUCUGCGAGUGAGUGGAUUAUUUGGACUUCAGCAGAUUCAGGUUCACUCAUUUAUUUUACAAAUGCAGUGCGAAGGGGUUGGCUGGUUGGGAAUAACAGGCUGCCAGUCCUCAGUACCCACCCAAAACAUUCUUUCAAUAUGUCAUCAUGGAUGCUCAGGGCCUCAGUUUUUCAGGUGUCACAUCCCAAAUACGUGUGCCGACUUAAACACAGACUACACGGACAAUCCGUGUCUGUAGAGAAAAAGGGUUUUGUUUUAGUUCCCCUGUUCUGUGAACCAGGAUGAAUGGCCUGUCAGCCCAUUUUAACAUAUGUCUUCUCUCUUAUUUACCAAAUGACACUUGUGUGUGUUCUUCCAUUUCAUCCUUUACUAAGGUGUCCGUUAGGAUUUCACUUUUUUCCCACCAAAUCUUUCUUUUGCUUUCACAAAUGAUCAGAAAUCACAAAGCCAGAUUUUUGACCAGCCUGAAUGAAAGUAGGCCAGUAAGGUAGACACUUUAAAAAAAAAAAAAAGUUUGUUCUUAUGGGUCAAUAUUAACCCCAACAGUAAGUUGAAGUAUGUGAACAUAAGAGGGAAGCAACCCUGUGCCCACUAGAUAAGAGAUGCAUGCGGGGGCGGGCAUUGAAUUAUCUGUCCUCACUGGUGGCCUGCGUAGGUCAGCAGGAGGCAUGCUAGUUGAGUACAUACAGUAUGUGUGUGUUUUUGCGUGUGUUUGUGUACAUUUGCGCGAGUGGUAGUUAGUGGAGCUUUCUACUGAUGCUUGAGUUAAAUCUACUCAGUGAGAAAUUAUUAAUAUAACAUUAAAAGUAUGUCAGAUGUGAGAUGUAGACUGAGUUGCUUCCUGGUAACUGAUUCCCUCUGAGUUUUCGCUUAAUGGUGACACGGAGAAGUCAUUUAAAAAACUAAAAAACAAAUUGGUGCAGAGACAGGGUACCGUGUAGGUCUGUCACUAUAACUAUUUUUUUGUUGGACGAUAUAGUGUCCCAGAAAUAAACAAUAUUAUUGUCAUGUUAAUAGCAUUUUAAGCCACUGAGCUAAUGAUAAUAUAAUGUCAUAAUAGUGCAGGUACACCAAACAAAUAAAACCACACAACCAAAACAAUAAAAACAAUGGACUCUCUGGUAGGCCUUUCAUGAUAACUACAAUGUAUUGUCCCAGAAAUAAUUGCGAUUGCAAAAUGAUUUAUUGUAAUUUAGAGAUAAUUUGAUACCACUAGUAUCAUGAUAAUAUACAAGCAUAAUAAUGCAAGUAAACCAUUUUAAAGAGUGAUUAACUUUAAUUGUGUGUGUUUCAAACUCCGACACACAAGUGGACAGAAGCAGCACAACCAGAAAUUACAGCAAAAUGUGUCUCGGCAUCAUGUUGGCUAAAAUGCUGAUGACGUUCUUAUGUAAACAAACACUCAUGUAAACAUAAAAUCAUACAAAAUAUGGACGUGACCUUGUUAAGCAUUCUAAGCUCAAUACUGUGAUAUUGUAAUUAUUUUCCAAUAGGCCUACUCUCAGGCUCUGAUACAAAGAAUUGCACCCUAUAGACAUUUGGCAGAGCGUUACAGAGAGUCACUUAUUCAUCAACGGGCAAUAUACUACCAACAGACAAUAUCAUUCAACAUGUGGACAUGACCCUGAUCUUUUUUGCUGACCAACAUAAUUCAAUAACAUAAUGAUUGUGACAGGCCUGCUGGUGUGUCUCGUUUUCCAUUUUCCCGGCAUUCUUAAGCAAAAUCUUGACAUUUUGAGAUUUUUUUUCAUGUUGUUAUACCUGGCUUUUGCUUAUUUACCUGUUUCAGAGAGCAUAUUUUCAGGCACAGUGGAUAAAAAUGUAUGGAGGCUUUUUAUGCCAAAAGAAUGUGUAAAAUAACCUGAAAGCAACACUUGUAUAUUGUGAUGUGUGUUCAGUCAGUUACACACAUGAAUGCCAGCUGAUUGAGACACAAAGUAGCUAACACCCAACUCUUUCCGCCAGCAAUACAAAUAAUGUGUCACCCUUUACUUUAUCAGACUCUUGAGUUUGAGCAGGGAACCAGGGAUUUUGAACAAACCAAAAAUCAAACACCAGCACAGGGAUGAAAACAAUACACUGUAGUGAUGAUCCGUUGUAUCAUGGUGUGGCCCAGAGCUGGCAAUAUUGUUUUGUAUGAUUUAUUAUUAUUAUUUUUUUUAGCAUGCUGCAUUUGUGAAUCAACAGGUUUGUCCUAAGAAGAGAUUAGCUAAGCUGCUAGCAUUCAGUUUACCUUUGUGACUUCACAAAGUUCAGUACAUGAGUCUGACAGCUGUACUUUUCUUUAGAAUGUAUAAACGUCCUCAACAAGGACGCACCCUUAUUAGAUAUAUAUAUUUUUUUCAAAUCAGGUUUCAGUGUGCUGAGUUUUUUUUUUUUGUUCUGCUUUAGCAAGGGAUUAAAUCUCAGCACCUGUGCAGCCAUUGCACCAGGUUUUCCUGUUUUUCUAUACUUAUGCUGAGCUCAAAAACAUGUAUUUUUUUAUUUACAUUUGUUGUUUUCCUUU